AUUGAUAUUUUAUUCUACUCCCAAUCUCGUUUUGAGUGCGCUGUAUAUCGUAGCUGAAAUUGAGAGAGAAAGUUAAAGAGAUGCAUCUAUGGCCGUCUAUGAGAUUGAGGGAUUCCUUCAAGCUCAAUUACUUGAAGAAACUCGAAUGGAACCUCCACAGAAUGGAGACGUCUGAGAAGCAGCGGCGAGAAUCUCAAAGCAGCGAAAGUAGCAGCAACCAGCAAAAGCUUUUGGACGAUGAUAAUAGCGAUACUCAAUCUGAUAAUUCAAAGGUUUCCGGUAAAGGAGGAGGGCGAUUUCUCGUGCUUUGUAGAGACUUGCUCAUGGUCCUUUCUUGCUGCUACUGCUGUUUCUGUUGCGGAGCCUGUGUUGCCGAAGAAGAGGACUGAUGAAGCUAAAGCAAGAGCAUCCAAUCGUGCAAUAAAUAGUUGUAGUGAUGUACAGAAGAACGUGUCAUUGAUCAUAAAAGCGCAUUCUGUUAAGUCUCUCAAUUGUUUUUCCAUUUACCGUGUAAAACAGAAAACUAUCUUCAUGCAAAUAGUGUUUGUCAAAAGGUUGGUUGGUUGGUUGUUAUAACAGAAACUUUCUGCAGUACGUCUCUUACCUCUCGGUGUGUGUUGAGUAUGAGUUUGCACUGUUUUCACC